UAUAUGCCAAAGGGAAACCUUGAAAAAUGGUUAUAUUCCCACAACUAUUGCUUGAAUAUGAUAGAAAGAUUGAAUAUAAUGAUUGAUGUUGCAUCUGCUUUGGAGUAUCUUCACCACGGUUAUUCAAUGCCCAUUGUCCACAGCGACUUGAAGCCUAGUAAUGUGCUGUUAGACGAAGACAUGGUUGCCCAUGUAAGCGACUUUGGGAUAGCAAAGUCGUUAUGCGAUGGAGAUAGCUUGGUGUUAACCAACACGCUAGCAACAUUCGGUUACAUCGCUCCAGGUAAAGAAGAAAUGAUUGACAAGAAUAUGCAGUGUGUAUCAUCCAUACUUGAAUUGGCUCUGAAAUGCUCUGCCGACUCUCUCGGGGAUAGAAUCAACAUGAAACAAGCACAUGCAGAGUUGCGGAAAAUCAAACAUCGAUUUUUCCAAUGAGAUUCAAGUAAGCUAUUUUAAAGUUCUAUGUUAUUUCUAAAAGCAUAUUGAUAUCCCAAAUUUCUAUGGCAAAGUUAGCUAAUGAAGUCUUCUUCAUUUGGUGGCUUUGAUGAGGCAUGCAGUGGAUAGUUGUGAGGUGGA